GUCCACCUACCAGACGUUCGCAAAUCUUCUGGUAUCAUCGUCGUCUUCGUCUUCACGAGGACCCUCAUCAUCCACACCGAGUGCAAGUGGCCCUGCAGCUGCAACAUCAGCACCAGGACAUCAAAUACUGUGCUGGAAGCGCAUCAUCCUGGACGAGGCUCAUGUGAUGCGAAACGCGAAUACUCAUUUGUGCAAAGUUCUGUCGAACCCGAAACUUGUCCAGGCGGAAAUCAAGUGGCUGGUCACCGGCACUCCCGUGGUGAACAAACUGCUCGACGUGCAGCCGCUCCUCGCUUUCCUGGAACUGGUAUGCAUUGCAAAAGUAUCGUACUCGUAUAAAUGCGUUACAAACUCCCUCAGCAUGAGAGAAAAUUUGUAAUGCGGAUUUGACUUAACAAAAAAUAAAAAAAAUGCAUGAUUGCAAUACGAGUACGACACUUUUGCAGUGCAUAACUGGAGCCCUUCGUCGACCCCGCGUGGUUCCAUAGACUGAUCGACCGCCCGGUGAAGAUGGGCGAGGGGAAGGGGCUGGAGGUUUUGAACCUGAUCUUGCGCGUCUACCUGCUGCGCCGGCUGAAAAACACGCGGGUGCCGAUUCGGAAUCAUGCCAGCGAUUCUACUUCAGCAGCACCUUCAUCUACACAUCAAAUCGGUCUUCAAACUGGAAGCGCAGCUGCACCAGCUGCCCCGGGGCAGCAGCGCAGUACUAGAAAUAAGCGCAAUAGCACGACCGGUGCAACAAGUAGAACGGCUACUGGUAGUAUCAAAUGCAAAAAUGUCUGGGUCUGGAAGAAUGUAACUUGUCAUGCUAAAUCUGAAGCAUGCAAAAAUCUGUGUUGCAUGAUUGCCAAAAGUCGUCCAGUUUUGACCAAGUCGGGAGGGAGUUUCUCAUGCAGGAUAGGCAUGAGAGAGAUCGCACAGAAUCUGUCAUGCUAGGUCCUGCAUUUCAGACCUCAUGAGUCAUGGAAAAGGAGCAUGACAAAUCGCGCACUCUUCCAGACCCAGACAUUUUUACAUUUGAUAGGUAGUACAACUGUGCAGCCGGCAAUGAACACGCGGUGUCUUCUGGAGUUGCCGAGAAAAAGGUAUCAUGUCGUCAAGUAUCAACUGCAAAAAUGUCUGGGUCUGGAAGUAGAGCCCAAGUUUGUCAUGCACAUUUUCCAUAUAUCCAUGAUGUCUGUGAUGUAUGCUCUAGCAUCACAGAUUUUCUGAGGCCUUGUUGAUGCCUAUCCCGCAUGAGAAAUGCCCUCUCCGCGUAGCAAAAGUUGGGCUCGUCUUCCUGAUCAUGCAAGACAAAUUCUUUUAGAAUCCAAAGGCAGCAUCACAAGUUGCAGCCUUCCAGAGGACCCAGACAUAUUUGCAAUGCAUAUCACGGUAAAGCUGGGAAAGGAACACCGCGCUAUGUACGACAAAUUGUUCCAGCUCUGCAGCGAACAGCUACUGAAUUCGGGGGGCGUCCAAUUGCAGGCAAACGCCGCGACGGCCGCCCGAACGGUGCUGAAGUCCGCCAUCGCCGCAGCGAGUACUACGACUGUGGUCGCAGCAGGAGGAGCGACUUCAUCAUCUGGUGCGACCUCAGCCUCAAGUACGAGCAGACGAGCUGCCGGACAACAAGAGCAAGCAUCAUCAAGGUCUGUUGGUGCUGGCGAGUUGUCUACUUUAAGAAAUAAAGGCAACACGACUUCUACGAAUGAUCCCCAACAACUAAAUUCGUCGAUCAGCGUUUUGAGCUUCAUCACGCGACUGCGCCAGCUGCUGCAGCACGCGAGCUUGCUGCCGGAAAAAUGGGUGGAGGCGUUGCUCCUCGACGACGCGACGCUGGUUAAGAAACUUUUGACCGAGUCCAGUAUUCAGUACGGCUCCGAGCAGAAGAACCCGCUCCAGCUCUUCGAGGAAGCCGAUGGGACUAUGGCGUUCUCAACUGCUACAUUCUCAACUGUUACGCGAAUUUGUGACGCAAGAAUGGCAAAACUGAAAAGGGGGAAGAUUGCGCCUUUUGCAUGACAGACCUGGCGCAGAUUUUCAGCCUGUUUGGCCCUUCGGGAAUUUGUCAUGCGAAGCAGCUUGAUCGUGUUCGUGUCGAUUCUGAUUGGGAUUUUGCAUGACAAAUCAUGUAACGGUUGAGAAUGUAACGUUUGAGAACGCCAUAGGGACGGACUGCAGCGUAUGCCUCUGUCCGCUAGACGACAGCACGGUGUGCGUGACGAAGUGCGGCCAUGUGUUCCACUACGACUGCCUCGCGCAGGCCGUUCAGGCCAGUAGGGAGCUGCAGGAGAAGCACCAUCAUGGGGAACAGCAAAGCCACGCGGCGGACUUUGGCGGUGGCGGCGCGCCCUGUCCCAUCUGCCGGGCGACGGUGAGGCUGAAGGAUUUGGUGCACCGCCCGAAAGAUGAGGAACUGAAAGCGAUCAAGAACAACUGUAGUAGGGAAGAUCUACGAGAUCGUGUUGGAGAAGAAUUAGAACAUAAUGGUGGAAAUUCUACGGCGGGACCAGGACAUUUCCCUGCGCCUUCAAGUGCUGCUGCAACUGGGGCUUGUUCAAGCAAAAACAAUACCCAGGAACAACAGCAACUUCUUCCGGAAUCCGCAAAGUUGGCCAAAUUUGCUUCUUUGGUUCACGAAAUCCGCCUGGACACCGCCUCGACGCACGACGCGAAGCCCGGCAGCGUCGUCGUGUUUUCCUCUUUCGUGCAGACAUUGAGACUUGCGAAGGAAAGGCUGGGAACCAAGAAAACGCAACCAGUGUCAUCUUCAGCCUGCGGUACUAGUAACAGCAGCAUCUCCUUGGCUCUGCGCGCGGAGCUUUUCACAGGUGCGACGAAGCCGAGCGAUCGGAGGCAGCUGUUGACGGAUUUCCAAGAAGGGAAAAUCGACGUGCUGCUUUGCUUAUGCGUUGCAAACGUAUCGUACUAGCAAGUAAGCAUUACUACAAAUCGUCUCAAGAUCAAAAAAACAUAUAAACAAUUUCCCAUGCUAGAUGAUGAUGAGGUAAAGAGAAGAAUCUGUCAUGCAUGACUGCGAUUCGUACGAGUGCGAUACUCUUGCAGAGGAUAUUGCUCGCUCGCUUGCGCCGGAGUGGGGAUCACGCUGACGCGGGCACGGGCGGUGAUUUUGCUGGAGCCCUGGUGGUAUCAACUGCAAGCAUGUCUGGGCCUCAAAGAUUGCAAGACUUCUCAUGAUGCGCAUUUGCAUUAUUUGCAUGAUCCAUGAUCAUGAGAUGUCUGCGAUACAUGCCCUAGUCCUAGCAUCUGCAUCUCAUUCUCAUCGGAGAUUAUGUGGGGGCUGCCUAUACCGCAUGAGAACUGCCUCCUCCUGCUCAGCCCAUACAGAUUUUUGUAGAAUUCAAAGGCUGGCAGCACCACAAGUUGUAUUCCAGACCCAGCACACAUACUUGCAACGCAUAGGUGGAAUUCGGCUUUAGAGGAACAGGCGGUCGACCGGGUCCACCGGAUUGGCUUCCGCCACAAGCAGCUCGACGUCUAUAGAAUCAUCGUCGAAAACUCGAUCGAGGAACGGAUUCAGAAGAUGCAGGAAAGCAUAUCCUCAGUAAAAACAUCCCCACCCCAGAGUUGUCAUGCAAAUGUGCAAUGACAGGAACAGUUGUAAUGCGCAGCUCCAUGAGAGGCAUUUCAAAUCGUGUUUUGGAAUUUGUAAUGCUGCAAACACGAUGAGAAAAUGGCUUUCUCAUGCGGCUGCCCUUGCCAACCAGCACUACACUACAGAGGGAAACUUGUCAUGCACAGCUCCCAAAACUUGGAGACUUGUGUUGCUAGAUUCUCAACUUGACUAUGGGGUGGGGACGUUUUAACUCAGGAUAAAGCAAGCAGUCCCUGUUGGAGGGCGCAGUGGACCGGUCGGUAGAAAGCAGCGGGGCCUUUUCCUCCGCCCACAGCCGAAAAUUGAAAAACGUCAUGGUGUCGCUUUUUGACACGUCGCUGCAAAUUUCUAGUGAAGAGGAUCUUCUUCAUGCGGCGGACGAGAUGGGGCGGAAGGAGGAGGAGCUUGAUCAUGCCCUUCAUCCGAGCAAAAGGCAAAGGUUGUGAAGAACGAGUAAGUAAGUUAGUAGCACCCGAGGUAAAGUAGCAUCGGGAAGGAAAUGUACACUUGAUAGUUGAAGUUGUUGUCGAAGCAAAUAAUAGAACUUCACCAUUCUUACGCGCAACUACAUGGCUUGAUUGUCACGCUUCUGAU